CCUUUUGAGUUCGGAGCUGCCGAGGGAACGGCGAGUCCUUCCCGCCGCGCGGGGACGGGGUCACUCGGCGUGGUGGCACCGCAACUGGUGCUCCUACACGGUGACACGGACGGUGUCCUGCCACGUCCACAACGGCACCUUCCUCCAGAGGGUCUUCCAGGGCUGCCGCUGGCCCCUGGCCUGCAGCGGGGGCAGCUACCGUGCCGUGGUGCGGCCCCUCUACAGGGUGACCUACAGGACACUGACGGCCCUGGAGUGGAGGUGCUGCCCCGGCCACGCCGGAGCCAACUGCGAGGAAG